CUAGUUCAGUCUCGCUUGCUUUGUUCUUCUUGAAUAUGCUCCAGCCCAUCGUGUUAGGGAGAGCGAGAGCUUGUGCUUAGGCGAACAAUACAACAACAGCGGUGUUAUUUCUUGGCUAAGAUCGAAGGCGAUUGAUUGCUUUUGCGAUAGGCGGUCGCCAUUUGCUAGACUUGGGAGGUUAGCCGGUGUAGGGGACUGCACGCUGUGGCGGACGACCCUUCAGGAUGCAGCCCUACAUGAAAGUGUCGUUCCUGAGGGGCUUGCUGUACUGUCUGGUAUUCGGUUUUACGAUUGUUGGAAUGGCACAGAUCACAACAGGAGCUUCAUUUCUGAGUUAUAGAUCAUCGCCGGAAGCGGAGAUUAUGUACCUGAACAGAGCGACACCGGGCGCCAGUCUUAUUGUGGCCGGAUCGCUGCUGCUGCUCUCCGCUGUGCUGGGAUUCGUCGGUGCGAGGAACGUGUCCUGGCCGUGGCUCUGUGUGCUCGGAGCAGCUCUCAGUCUGCUCACAGCCUUGCAAAUCGUUAUCGCAGUGGUCGGAUUCGUUGAAGCCAGCUCGGUGGGAGAUAAGGUGCACCGUUCUAUGUUGUACACACUGGGCCACCACGAGAUCGAUCGCUUCCGCUCCGCAUGGGACACUGCACAAAGGAAGCACAAUUGCUGUGGAGUAGACGGAUUCAGUGACUGGGAUAUACGCUUCACUCAUCGUCCAGCACAUGGAAAGUACGUACCCAACAGCUGCUGCCCAAUUGUCAAUGAGGAACUGUGCACCGAUACGCACAAGCUGCUCUACAGAACGGGCUGCCACACAAUUCUCGCCAAGAAGGAAAGGGGUAUGUUGACAACUGCUGCAAGUCUCGCCGUAGCUGCCGCCGUCCUCGAGAUGUUGGGAAUUGUGUCCGCCAUUCUACUGUCGACAAUCUACCAAGAGAAGCCGGGCUACCAGCUGUAUUGACCAUGUGUAUGCGUCGCAUCAUGAACACGUGACAUCGAAUCAUGCCUAAACAAUGCACUGCAGCACACCUGAAUAACAACUAUGUCUUACUAUAAUUAAAUUUUGUUUGUUUUGAGCUCACAAUUCCUGAUUACAUCUGGCCAGUAUUGGGGGGAAGUUUAACUGAUAUGAUUCAUGUCGCGUUCCAUAUAAUCAUGCACCUCCGAACUGCUGUACGGACACUACCUUGCCUCGCUGUGAAAGACUGCGAAUACUUCAAUGAGGCAGUAGACGACCAGUAUGGUUUCCAACGCUGACAAUCACAUUGAUCUAUUCCGUGUGGAUAAUAUUCCGCCAUGCAUGCGGUUUUUUUCCAAUUGAUUAUGAAUUUGUGCGUACGAAUAAGGCCACGUGCUCUGUCAAGAGGAUUCCAACACUGUAGAUAGAAUGAUGUCUUCCUAUCUCGGCCAGAUAGCUCCGAUGUAUUUGGCUUGCUCCUAGCAUUAUUAGGCUUUGUGUAUUGUGCCUUCUGGCCAAAGCUGACCGUUAUCAUACCACAGACCACAAUUAUCUGCUAUGCGAUGUCAAGGCUGAUGGAGUUUGUAUACAUGUACUUCGACAUGUGCAAUGGGAGCGACCUUCAGAUCAUGUACAGUGGUCCCUCUAUAAUCCGGCACCAUUUGUGCCACGGAAAUCUGCUGGAUUAGGGAGGGUGCUGGAUUAACAAAUCUGAUCUACUGCUGCAAUGUG